AUGAACUUGGUCGCGACGAAUGAUAUGGAUGAGAUUUAUGAGGAUCCUGAGUAUGGUGAGAUGGGAGAACUGGAGGAGUUAUUGACUAAGGUUGAUGAGAGUGAGGACUCGGAUGAUAUGGCUGCGAGUGUGGAGGCAGCAGUGAAGCAGGAAGAGGAGAUAGUGAUCACGGAGGCAGCAGCAGUAAACGGUGGAGAUGGAGACGAUGUCAACACUUUUGCAGCAGCGAUCGUGGUUGAAGAUGAAGCAGUAAAUGCGAAGUAUGUGGGAGUUGAAGCUGUGAAAGGGGACAUCAUGGUGAAAGGAUCGAAGGCGAAUGCAACUGCAAAGGGGCAAGUGCUUAAGGAGGAUGAACGCGUUGAAGGGUACGAGACCCGAGAGGUGUUGGGUGUAAAGAUGCCGAGGAGAAGCGAGAGGCAUAAGAAAAUCUCUCAAGGUUUGGAUGCCAAGGCGCUCAACUACAAGACACAUAAGCAGAGGUUCAAGGUGCAGGAGCUGCAGGGGAGCCGCCGCUGCUGUCGCCGCAUCCGUGCUGUGCACGCCUUCACAAAUGCUUCUGAUAAUGGCUUCCUCGAUGGAGCCCUGCAGCUCGUUGUCGCCGUGCACAGCGUGGCAAGCCGCGGAGGGUUCGGAGGGAGAGGCGGCGGGGCUGGUGCAGUGGCACGGGACGAUGAGGGGUCGAUCGUGUUUGCGGGUCGCGACGAAGGGCCCCCGCCAUUGUUUCCGCCUGUGGAAAUGCUGCCCGAGCUGCCCGAAAUCGCUCCCAAGGACGAGGCGAUGCUGCAGCGGCGGCGGCGCAUGGCGUCAUUCUGGCGCUACUCCGCCUACUACGUCGACCGCCCUCCGCCCGACAAGGGAGUGGCAGCGGACAUAGCAGCGUACACGAAGCGCCACAGCGGCUCUUCCGGCGCCACCGCCUCUUCGUCCUCUGCGCCCCGUGCUUCUCUCACCGACGUCAUGGACCUCUCCAUCGCUCACUACCCCGCUGAACUCCUCUCUGCUGGAGGCAAGAAGAAAGUUAGGAAGAAGAGCAGCAACGCAUGGGUGGUCGGCAAGGGGUCAGCUGCCAAUGACCUAAACCGUCUGGACCAGCUUGCAACACUGGAGCAGAAGCUAGACAAGAACGCAGCGGACCGGGAAGGCAAGGACGAAGAGAAGAAGGAGGGGGAGGACGAUGAGGAGGUGGAGGAGGAAGAAGAGGAAGAGGAGAUAGGGGAGGAUGACUACGCUCAAAACUUUGGGUUUGAUGAUGACGAUGAGUACCUGGAUGAAGACGAUGGUGCUGAUGGUACGGCCCUGUGUUCUAAGCGUUGGCAGGGAAGCACCAAUGCAGAGGCUGGGACGCUCCUGGGUCAGGAGCAGGUGUAG